AUGCCGCUCCCGCUCGAUGUCACCGCGCGCGUCGCCGUCGCGCGCGCCGUCUCGGACGUCGACGCGCGCGCCGUCGUCGCGUUCGCCCUCGCGUUCGCCCUCGUCGUCGCCCUCGUCGUCGUCGCGCGCGCGCGGCGCGUCCUCGCGCGCGCGAACGUCGCCGCCGUGCGCUGGCGACCAAAGUUCUUGUGGCGGUUGUACCAGCGAAGCGCGCGGUCGCUGCUUCGGCGGGUGGAGGACAGGUUCUCGAGGACGGCGCGCGACGGCGGCGGCUCGGGACGACGCGCGUUCGGCGCCGUCGUCGGCGCGUGCCCGUUCGUGCACGUGGGAGAAGCGAAAUUGGCGAGGGACGUGCUUCGAGGAACGACGGUGAAAUCGCCGCUGUAUCACGCGUUCGAGGCGUUUUCGGGGACGGGGAUAUUCACCGCCGAGGGCGAGGAUUGGGAAGGGAAGCGCGGCGAGGUGUUGCGGGCGUUUCACGCGGUUGGAUUGCAGGCGUUGAGAGAUCGCGCGGUGGAAGAAAGCGCGAGAAUCGUUCGUGGGAUGAAGCUAGAGCUCGAGCGGGGCGGGACGAGGGAGAUGGAGACGCUCGCGUUGCCGACGCUUCAGCGCUUGGCGUUGCGAGUGACGUUCGGGUAUCUCACGGGGAAUUCUCUCGCCGAGGCGUGCGCCGAGGUGGGACGCGCGCAGGCGGACGUGGAGUCCGAGUAUUUAGCCGCCGCGACGACGUUGAGGCAUUUGAUUCCCGCGCGCGCGCGGAGCAUUUGGAUAUUUAGUGAUUUUUUAUACGGGUUGACACCGGUGGGUCGGCUCGAGGCGAAAAAUAUUAGGACGACCCGCAUGUUGUCGAGCUUGGCGCUGCGAACGGCGAAGAAAGACUCUCCGCUCGGGAUGUUACGAGGAGGUGAGAUGCAUCUGCGCGAACGAGCGGUUCGCGUCGGCGACGACGAGUUCCCCAAGGGACUCCUCGACGAGACGACGACGCUUUUGUUCGCCGGUCACGACACGCAGAGCGCGACGUUAUCUUGGGGUCUUCUGCGGCUCGUAGACAACGAGAAAAUUCAGAACGAAUUGCGCGUGAGUUUAUUUGACGAUGUGAUCGUCGAAGCGUUGGGUCUACCGUCGAAGCGUCGGAAAAAACGCGCGUCGUCAGACGGUAAAAAAGCGGCGUGGGCCACGUCCGCGUUCGCUCCGAUGCUCGAAUCCGUGAUUCGGGAGACGCUUCGUCUGCACCCAGUAGCGCCGCUCGUCGUGCGUAUGCUUUCGGCAGACGUUAGUAGCGCCGAGAUGACGAUCCCGAAAGGUUGUGCGGUGGGCGUGUGGCUGAGUUCGGUGCACCGCGACGACGCGGUGUGGGAUCGACCGGAGGAGUUCGACCCAAAGCGAUGGACUGCAACUUCGCACGCGCGAACGGGUUCGACGGGUAGUUUCACGGAAGAUAGCGAAGAAGAUUCGAGUCUGGGGCCGGCAUCAGGUAAGCCCGCGAGCGGGCUCAAGCAUAAGGGCGUCGGGUACAUGCCGUUCGCGUACGGUCCUCGUUCGUGCGUCGGGCAACACUUAGCUCAAGUCACGAUGCGCGUCGCGCUCGCGCAUCUCAUCGAGGCGUUCGAGUUCGCGCCGAGCGCGGACGUUGACGCGUCGACACCGUCUGUGGGUUUCACGGUCACGCCGAGCACGGGCGCACCCUUACGAAUUCGACUGGCGACGAAAAUUGAUCCAUAG